AUGGGUGGUCCGUAUGUGGACUGCUGCUGUAUUGUGGGUGGUCUGUGCACUAUUGGUGGUCCAGAUGUAGACUGUGGCACUAUGGGUGGUCCAGAUGUAGACUGUGGCACUAUUGGUGGUCCAGAUGUAGACUGUGGCACUAUUGGUGGUCCAUAUGUAGACUGUGGCACUAUUGGUGGUCCAGAUGGAGACUGUGGCACUAUUGGUGGUCCAUAUGUAGACUGUGGCACUAUGGGUUGUUGCUCUAUGGGUGGUCCGUAUGUGGACUGCUGCUGUAUUGUGGGUGGUCUGUGCACUAUUGGUGGUCCAGAUGUAGACUGUGGCACUAUGGGUGGUCCAGAUGUUGGCACUAUUGGUGGUCCAGAUGUAGAUUGUGGCACUAUUGGUGGUCCAGAUGUAGACUGUGGCACUAUAGGUGGUCCAGAU